AUUAGAAAACCAAAAGUAGAAAUUAGACUUCCGGUAAACAACAUGGCAGAUCCAUCUACAAAACAAGAAGAACGGCAUGGCAAAACUUUGUUCAUUCGAAAUCUUCCCUACACGUCCACGAAUGAAAAGCUAGAGAAGAUAUUUUCGGACAUUGGUCCAAUAAAAACUUGUUUUGUAGUCAAGGAUAAAGAAUCAGGGAAAUGUAGAGGCUUUGGAUAUGUUAAAUUUACGCUUUUAGAGGAUGCAGAGAAAGCUUUGAAGACUAUCAAGAAAGUUGAGGGCAGAAAUGUUCACAUAGUUUAUGCUAACAAAAAAGAAAAAAAGAAAAGAUUUGGACUGCCAAAAGAAAAUGAAGAGAAUAAACAAGCUGAUGAAAGUAGUGCACAUGUGGAGGACAAAAAACAAUCAAAAGCAAAAAAUACUUUUAAGAAGAAACUUGUUGUAAAGCCCCAGAAAGGUGAAAAACAGCCAGUCAACCCCCUGAAUGAGGGCAAACGAGCUCGUUUGAUCAUUAGAAACUUAUCAUUUAAGUGUUCACCAGAAGAUCUCAAGAAAGAAUGUGAGAAAUAUGGAACUGUGUUAGAUGUUCACAUUCCAAAAAAAAGUACAGGAAUAAAAUUAGGUUUUGGAUUUGUACAGUUUGCAAAUAAAACCCAAGCUGGAAUGGCAGUAAAGGAAAUGAAUGGAAAGUCUAUCAAUGGCAGAGUAGUUGCAGUUGAUUGGACAUUACCUAAAGAUAAAUUUAUAGCCAACCGCACAAUAAAGCAAGUAGAAAAAGAGGAAGAAGAAAAGCAGUCAGAUGAAGAGGACAGCAUGGAAGUAGAUGAAGAAGUAAAUGAGAAAAAAAACAAUGGGGUGCCUAGUCAAAAAACAAGUUCAGAAAAUGAGGAAGAGAGCUCAGAGGAGAAUGAGGAAGAAGAGUCUAAGGAUGGCGCAAGUGAAGAGGAUGAUGACAAUAAUGAUUAUGAAGAUUCAGAUGAUAAUGAAGAUUCUGAGGAUGAUGAUGAAGAAUUAGAUGAUGAUAAGGAAGAAUCAGAAGAUGAUAGUGAAGACUCAGAUGAUGAUAAUGAAAACUCAGAGGAUGAUGAUGAAGACUCAGAAGAAGAUGAAGAUGAUAAGGAUGUAGCUAAAAAGUCCAAAGCUAUGGACAGAGAAAGUGAUGUCACAGAAGGACGUACAGUUUUUGUUAGGAACCUUCCAUUCAACACAGCAGAGAAUGAAUUAGAAGACUUUUUCUCUCAGUUUGGUGAUGUUAAUUAUGCCAGAAUAGUUUAUGAUCAUUCAACUGGAUUGUCAAGAGGUUCAGCAUUUAUUCAAUUUUCAACGAAAGAAAGUGCAGAUGAUUGUAUCAAGGCUGCUGAAGAUAGUGUGAAAGGAGGUCUAUCUGUUGGUGAAAGACAAUUAGUAGUUACAUUAGCAGUAAGCAGACAACAAGCAAGUCAAUUAAUACAAAAAAAAGAAGAGAAGAAAGCUGAACCAAAAGAUUCUAGAAACUUGUAUUUAGCUCGGGAAGGAUUGAUACGUGAAGGAACUGAAGCAGCCAAAGAUGUUCCACCAGCAGACAUGGCAAUGAGAAGCAAGAUAGCAGCAGCUAACAGAGCCAAGCUGAAGGAUCAAAACAUUUUUGUCUCCUCUACCCGAUUAUGUGUCCACAACAUCCCAGCAACAGUGACUGACCAGAGACUCAGAAAGAUUGUUUACCAGGCUGCAGGGGACAGGUCUGCUAAAGUUACUGAGUGUCGUAUCAUGAGAGAUUUAAACAGAUUAAACAGUCAAGGCGUUGGUAAGUCCAGAGGCUAUGCCUUCUGUGCAUUCAAUAAACACGAGCAUGCCCUGAAGGCCUUGCACCACCUCAACAAUAACAAAGAAAUUUUUGGGGAUAAAAAGAGGCCUAUAGUAGAGUUUUCUUUAGAAAACCGCAAAGCUCUGGAAAUCAAACAGAAAAGAAUAGAGAAAUCUCAGGCCAAGUGUAAGCAAGUAGAAGCUUCCUUAAAUAGGAAGUCUCCAGGAGCUCCCAAAGGAAAAUCAGGAGGUCCCCAAGGCAAAGCUCAUGGUACUUUCCAGGCCAAAACUCCAAGAGCAUCUCCAGCAGUGAUGACAAAAACUGAUGGUGAAAGCAAAAAGAAAUGGAAAAGGAAAAAUAAGCAAAAGUUAUGGAAAGACACAAGGCCAUUGGACACAAUGAAGUCUCAAGAUAAAGUAGCUAGAGCAAUGCAUAAAGGUCCUCUUGGUUUGCCAUCACAUUUUGGCCCAAAACAAAGACACAAGAAAAGGCCUGCCAGUCAAGGGAGAGAACAUGGGCCCAAAAGUAACAAGAAGUUUAAGAAAGAGCCCAGGAAACAAUUUGUACAAGGUACAAAUAAAACACCAAAAAUGAAGACAUUCAAUAAGAAAAAGCAGUUUGAUGAGUUUGAUAAAAUGGUUGCCAACUACAAACAGAAAAUAGUUGCAGGCUUUAAGUCCUAGGCAAGUUCAGAACAGGGCUGGACAAUUUGUGUUCUAUUAUUGUAAUUGCCAGGUGUGAGAUGGAUGGAAGUGACUAGUAUCAUUACUUGUUGCGUUUAAAAGUACAGAUGUAUGCUGUAUAUAAUUACUUGUAUAAUGGUAUGUCUUUGUGACAUUCAUGAAAAUAAAAAUAUGUUUAUAGUA